CACCAUUUCUAAGUUAGUGAACACUUUUACAAAGCUAGCCCUAGAAAGAAGAGAGAUUAGAGAGUGAGAAUUAUGGGAAGGCCUCCUUGUUGUGAUAAAAUUGGGGUAAAGAAAGGGCCAUGGACGCCCGAAGAGGAUAUCAUCUUGGUUUCUUACAUCCAAGAACAUGGUCCUGGCAAUUGGAGGGCUGUUCCUACCAAUACUGGCUUGCUCAGAUGCAGCAAAAGUUGCAGACUCAGAUGGACAAACUAUCUCCGUCCAGGGAUUAGAAGAGGAAACUUCAAUGAACAAGAAGAGAAGAUGAUUAUCCAUCUUCAAGCACUUCUUGGUAACAGAUGGGCUGCCAUAGCUUCUUACCUCCCACAAAGAACCGACAACGACAUAAAGAAUUACUGGAACACCCACUUGAAGAAGAAGCUAAGAAAGCUUCAAGGCGAUGAACAAGAUGAUGGGAAUAGCAAAACCCUAGAUGGGUUCUCACCCAAAUCUCAUCAGCAAAGCAUCUCGAAGGGGCAGUGGGAAAGACGUCUUCAAACGGAUAUCCAUACAGCCAAACAAGCCCUAUGUGAGGCCUUAUCUCUUGACAAAUUGACCACUUUGACAAGUCCAAUGUUAUUAUCUUCCUCUCCACCGUUUCCUCCGCCACAAUCUUCUACUUAUGCGGCAAGCACUGAGAACAUAGCCAAACUACUUCCAGUUUGGAUGAACAAAAACCCUUUGGCGAAAUCAUCUCAAACAAGCUCAGAAGUAACAACUCAGAACUCGUUCAAUAACAAUCGACUUGAAUCUAGCCCUAAUAGUAUUGAUCAAUACUCCUACUUCAGCUUCAAUUCUUCUCCAUGCUCUGAUGGCGAUGAAACUGCCACAAAUUGUCAGGUCCCUCUAACUCUACUCGAAAAAUGGUUGCUUGAAGAUGGAGUACAAGGACAAGAUGACCUAAUGGGCAUGCCCUUGGUGGAGACAGAUGGUUUAUUUUGAGCCUUAUGAAGACAAAAACAGUUUUUAACUAAUUAGGUUUUCUUAAAAAAAAAAGUUGUUUAAUUUGUUAUGAGAUAAAGGGUCUUUAGUUUCAAGAUGCAUGCCUGACCAAGAAUUUCCAUGGGCUUUGUAUGGAAAGGGCAAAAAAGGUGUAAAUUAUACUUCCUACUUUUAUAGGGGAUAUAUAACAGCAAGUAAAUCAUAUAUUUUUAAAAAGGAUAUAUGAUUUACUUUCUGCAAGUAAAUCAUAAGUUUCAAAGUGUAGAACUGAAACUCUUUAUAAAUAUAUAUCUAUUUUUGUGCUUCU